UGUGCGUCUUUGUGAGCAGAAAAGGCCAAACAGAGGGAGCAGCCAAAAAGGAAGCAAAACCCAUCAUUUCCUUCUGUCUCUUCUUCGUCUUCAUCAUCAUUGCCGCCGUCACCACAACCACCGCCGUUUUGCCGCUUCUUCUUAUAGAUUCAUUGUAGACGUACAUACAGAUAUACAUACGCGUAUCUCUACGUACAGACGCCGGAGAUUGUUUUGUAUAUGUGGGGAUUUUCGUUUCCGUUUCGUGGUGGAAAUUUCUAACGGGUGUCUUUUAACUGUCGCAUUUCUUGAUUGUGGGAGGCCAUCUUGAUAAUUUCCUGUCAAGAUUUGCAAUUUCUGAGAGGACAACAGAAGGAACAAAAAGUUCGUUCCUUGUCUGUUUUGUGACGAUUUAUAAGUUUUUGUCACGUUUUUUUGGUGGGUUUGUUUUGGGGUUUGGUAAUCUGAUCCAAUGGCUGCUGUUACUGAGACACCCAAUGACGAUGUCCGCGACGUCAGAAGCAACACCGGCGGAGACAUGAUCUUCCACGGCGGCGGCGACGGUGGUUGUGGCGUUGAUGAGAAGAGUUUGAUCGUUGAAUCUAAAGCCGAAUCUGAGCUCAAACCCGAAUCUGAAUUGAAACCCGAAUCCGAUAUGCAGAAACUUGUCGCGAUGAUCAAGAAACUGAAUCCUUUGGCUAAUGAGUUUUUCCCUUCUUACUACAACCAAAAGAACAAUCAAAACGGAAGAUUCAAUCGGCUUCUGUCGGCUGACGUUUUCGUGAUCGAAAAGAAGCAAUCGGGUGAUGAACAUUACUCUGACAACAAGAAGGAUGGCAAUAACCGGAGGAGGAGAAACAGCAAUGGCCAGGGAAGAAGGAGAUUAACUGGAAGAGGUUCCAAGGCUCAAAGAGAAGACAGUAUUAGACGAACAGUAUAUGUUUCUGAUAUCGAUCAUAGUGUUACGGAAGAGCACCUUGCUGACUUGUUCGGCAGUUGUGGACAAGUUGUUGAUUGCCGAAUCUGUGGUGAUCCACGUUCAGUUCUUCGCUUUGCAUUUGUUGAGUUUGCCGAUGAGCAAGGUGCACAUGUGGCUUUGAGCCUUGAUGGGACAAUGCUUGGGUACUAUCUGGUUAGGGUCUUACCCUCAAAAACUGCCAUCCUUCCCGUGAACCCUACAUUUCUUCCGAGGUCAGAAGAUGAAAGGGAGAUGUGUACAAGGACUAUUUACUGCACAAAUAUUGACAAGAAGAUCUCUCAAGCUGAUGUUAAAUCCUUCUUUGAAAGCACAUGUGGUGAGGUAACUCGCCUGAGGCUUCUCGGCGACCAAUUGCACUCAACCCGCAUAGCGUUUGUUGAAUUUGCUAUGGCGGACAGUGCAGUGAUAGCACUCAACUGCAGUGGAAUGGUCCUAGGAACUCAACCUAUAAGGGUAAGCCCUUCAAAAACGCCUGUGAGGCCGCAGAUCACGCGCCCACCGGUAACAGACUAGGAGACUGAGUCGGAUCCAUGCCCUCUUGAUGAGGGUAACUAACUGUUAUUCCCAUAAGAGACUACUUGUUCACCAAAGGGGGUGAUUCGACACUUCAUUUCUUCAGUAACUUUUCUGUUUCGUCUUUCUUUCUUUCUUUCUGGAACAAGUCGUCUUCCAGUUCUGUCACUGGAAGCGCCAUGGAAUCGCCUCUCCUCUCGGUGUGGAGUUCUUGUUAGUCUCAUUUCUUAACUGAGAUACUGUUUUUCAUGGUUAUCCAAUGAUUUUGGAUCACAUA